GGACUAUCCACAGCGAUCUGAGCAGCCCUGUGAUUGCUGAGAGUUUUGUGGAUAGUAAGCAAGGAUCCCACGAAACCCAACAGGGAUAAAAUGGCUGCCAUGACUAUAGACCCAGUGGAGCAGCCUCGGAUGUACCAACAGACCUUGCUUCAGGAUGGACUCUGUGACCUCUUAGAGAAUGACAAGUUUGUGGACUGCGUUCUCAAAAUCCAGGAUAAAGAGUUCCCUUGCCACCGCUUGGUUUUGGCUGCCAGCAGCCCCUUCUUCAAGGCUAUGUUCCUGUCUGACUUGGAAGAAAGCAAAAAACGGGAGAUAGUCCUCAAAGAUGUGGACCCUGGUGUUAUGGGAAUGAUCCUACGUUACUUAUAUACAUCUGACAUUAAUCUGACAGAACAGAAUGUCCAGGAUAUCUUCAUGGUUGCUAACAUGUACCAGAUCCCUUCCAUCUUCUCUGUAUGUGUGACCUACCUCCAAGAGAAGCUGGUGCUGGGCAACUGCCUAGCUAUCUUUAGACUUGGGCUUCUUCUAGAUUGUCCCAGGCUUGCUCUGAAUGCAAGAGAAUUCAUCUGUGAACGUUAUCAGAUUGUUGUCAGGGACCAGGACUUCCUGCAGCUCUCCCCUAGCGAGCUGGGCAUCAUCAUCACCUCAGAUGCCCUUAAUGUAGAGCGGGAGGAGGUGGUGUUUGAGUCCCUGAUGGAUUGGAUCAAGCAUGAUGAAACAAAGAGGCUAAAGGAUCUACCUGAGCUGCUGCACUGUGUCCGAUUCAGACUUAUAACAAUGGAUUACUUCAAAGAAAAAGUGGAGCAUCACCAGUACAUCCGGUUCAACCAGGAGAUCAUGAAGGAGCUGGAGCUUGUCAAGGAUGCUCACAAGGGGCGUCUUCCCAAGCCAAAGAGGCUUACCAGCGAUGGAGCAAAGGGGGGAGAGGGGAGUGAGGAUGAUGAAGAUGAGGAGGAGGGAUACCUGCCAGGGAUACUCAACAACAACCCUCGCUUUGGCAUGUUUGAGAUGGACCUGAUACUUAUGAUUAAUAACACGGGAACUGUGGCCUAUGACCCGGUAGGAAACGAAUGCUUUGUAGUGUCAGAAUCAACAGAGAUUCCUAAGAACCACUGCAGUCUGGUGACGAGUCAGAACCAGAUAUUUGUUGUUGGAGGACUUCUCUACAACGAGGAGGACAAAGAUGAACCAUUUAAGUCUUACUUCCUGCAGUUUGACCCAGGAAGCUCAGAAUGGUUAGGAAUGCCCUCGCAGCCCAACCCUCGCUGUCUAUUUGGUCUGGCUGAUGUUGAUAACUCCAUCUAUGUUGUCGGUGGAAGAGAACUAAAGGAUGGAGAGCACACCCUGGACUCAGUCAUGAUCUAUGACAGACAGUCAUUCAAAUGGGGAGAGUCUGACCCGCUGCCUUAUGAAGUGUAUGGUCAUGGAACCGUAUCACACAAAGGCCUUGUCUAUGUUAUUGGAGGAAAAUCUGAAAGCAAGAAGUGCAUGAGAAGAGUGUGUGUAUACAACCCGACUAAGUUCGAGUGGAAGGACCUGGCUCCUCUGAAGACAGCCCGCUCUCUGUUCGGUAUCACCAUCCACAAUGAUCAGAUCUACGUGGCAACAGGAGUCACAGACUCAGGCCUCACCAGCUCGGUGGAAGUCUAUGAUGUUUCCACUAACAAGUGGUCUGAGUUCACAGAGUUCCCUCAAGAGCGUAGUUCCCUCAAUUUGAUCUCAACGGGUGGUUUCCUGUACGCUGUGGGGGGCUUUGCCAUGAUGCCCAGUGAAACCAGUGAGGAGCCUGUGCCAACAGAGAUGACAGACAUUUGGAGGUAUGAUGAGUCAGACAAGUGCUGGAAUGGGAUUUUGCGUGAGAUUUCCUAUGCCGAAGGAUCCACCAUCCUCCCUGUGCAUCUCAACACUCUCCGUCUCACCAAGUUAUAACUGAAAAGGUGGCGUUAUGAGGUUAAUGAUGUAGGAUUAGCUCUGAAUUAAAUAAGAAUAGUGGCCCAUAAUUGGACUAGGGUACAUACUUAUUCAGGAUAAUAGUUAGGGGGGCUAAUAUCGGAAAGGCUAAAAUGUGUAUUUGUAUUUCUUUCAUAUACUAUUUCGGAAAAGUGCUUUUCUACAUGUAU